GCUGGCCGCGCGAUCGCAGGAGAGAUCGGCCCACACGGCCUGUGGGAAAGUGUGAGCAGAGUUCAUGACUUGGUCGUUGGGACUUGUGGCUUGAGCCGUCCAGUGCCCGUGGCCUUCAUGCUCUCUGACAAGGCCACCAGCAGCACGUCUGCAGCCUGGCACACACACGUGUCUGCUGGGGUACCACAUUCUGCUGACAAAAUUAGGGCAAUCCGCCUUCUCCCCACGCACCCCCCGAUGGGCUAAAUGAGCAGUGAAUCACCAUAUGCUUAUAUCCACGUAGCUUUCUAAGAAGAUGUGUGGGUCUGCAGCCUGCCUCGUCUUGGCUCCUGCACCGUCACGUCCCUGUCUCACCGUGAUCAAUGUGAGUGACAGGGACUUCUUGAGUCACGAACGAAAUGAGCCAGGGGCGUGGAAAAUAUGACUUCUAUAUCGGUCUGGGCUUGGCUAUGAGCUCCAGCGUUUUCAUUGGAGGGAGUUUCAUUUUGAAAAAAAAAGGCCUUCUGCGACUUGCCAGGAAAGGCUCCAUGCGAGCAGGUCAAGGCGGCCACGCGUACCUCAAGGAAUGGCUGUGGUGGGCUGGGCUGCUCUCCAUGGGAGCCGGUGAGGUGGCCAACUUCGCUGCCUAUGCCUUUGCGCCUGCCACCCUGGUGACUCCGCUGGGUGCCCUCAGCGUCCUUGUAAGUGCCAUUCUUUCUUCAUACUUUCUAAAUGAGAGGCUUAACCUUCAUGGGAAAAUCGGGUGUUUGCUAAGCAUUCUGGGAUCCACGGUGAUGGUCAUCCACGCUCCGAAGGAAGAGGAGAUCGAGACGCUCGACGAAAUGUCGCACAAGCUCGGGGACCCAGGUUUUAUGGUCUUCGCAACGCUCGUGGUCAUCGUGUCCUUGAUCCUAAUCUUCGUGGUGGGGCCUCGCCACGGACAGACGAACAUCCUGGUGUACAUCACCAUCUGCUCCGUGAUCGGGGCGUUCUCGGUGUCCUGCGUGAAGGGCCUGGGCAUCGCCAUCAAGGAGCUGGUGGCGGGCAGGCCCGUGCUGCAGCACCCGCUGGCCUGGGCCCUGCUGCUCAGCCUCGUCGUGUGCGUGAGCACGCAGAUCAACUACCUGAACCGGGCCCUGGACAUCUUCAACACGUCCCUCGUGACGCCCAUCUACUACGUCUUCUUCACCACGUCGGUCCUGACUUGUUCGGCCAUCCUGUUCAAAGAGUGGCAGGACAUGCCCGCGGACGAUGUCAUCGGCACGCUGAGUGGCUUCUGCACCAUCAUCGUGGGCAUCUUCCUGCUACACGCCUUCAAGGACGUCAGCUUCAGCCUGGCCAGCCUCCCCGUGUCUCUCCGGAGAGAUGAGAAAGCCGCGAACGGCGGCCUCGCGACUAUGUACGAAGUUCUGAGCAGCAACGAGGAGGGUUUAACCUGUGGGAUCGAACAGCACCCAGGGGAGAACGUCUCCCGGAGAAACGGGAGCCUGAUGGCCUUUUGAGAAAGAUGUGAUCACAAGGUCGGUCCACCAUGGAGUGAUGGUGAAACGAAUCGGAGCAUCAAGAUGUGUCCGGGAAAGGGUUCUCCUCAAAUAAUGUUCUCUAGAGACAAUCUUUUUUAAGGUUUGACUAAUUUGGACCAAGGAAUUACUUUUCUUAUAUUUAAAUGAUGGUAGCUCACUAAAAUGACCUCAGUCCCCUACCGAUUCUUGUUAACGUUGUUAUUGUAGCAGUAUCUCAGAUCUUUUUUUCACCAAACCCUGAGUGCACUAAUGACAAUUCCAAGUCUAUAAACGCUUCUUCAGUGUGAUGACUGUCUGCACCCUUGUGGCCUCCAUUCGCAUCCCUACUUUAAGGCUUUUUGAUUGAAUAAUAAAAGAUUAUCUCUAUCCUGUGAUUUAGCUUACCUACAAAAAUGACUCCCAUCCGAUGAGUUAUUUUAACGUGUGAGAGAAAAAACUAAGUAGGGUGACUGGUUCACAAAACAAAGGGCAGGAAGCCACCGUACAGAACGCCUCUCCCUGUGACUGGGCCGCACAUGUCACAUGCCCUUCCCGGGUGGCCUUACACCAGCGCGUCCUGCGGCUGGUGCGCGGUUUUGACCUUCAGUGACUUGUCCCUUGAGCCCCGAACCUCAACUCCCGUUUUCACAUCUUCUACUGGGCAGUGUAUUUUCACAGUGAGUUACGCUGUCGUUUAGGUCUUGUAACAACUCUGGGAAAGGAAGGCAAUUUUAAAAAUUUAGUUUAUGUUACAAAUGGAAACAAAGCUCUGUUUGAGUCUGAAUGCUUAGACCUUGUCUGUAAAAUCAGGGUUUCUUUCCAAGUAUUGUAUGAGUUCAUUUAUAUUUAGAAAUAUAAAUGAAUAAGGUUCAUGGGAAACUUCAACUGUGUACAGAAAAGGUAGAAGAGAAUAAUGAACUCUAUCCAGCUUCAGAUCUGUGGCCAUAGCAAUUCACUGUAAAAAACUGACAGUGAAUGUCCCUUGGGGCGUGGGGAGCUCUCGGGCAGUGUCCACUCUGCUGCCGGCGCCCCAGGUCACGCAGCUAGGCUUCCCCGUGUGACCACCCGCACCUCGCUCACGCCUUCACAGGCCUCCAUGAGCAUUACCAGGGAGGAGCUGACAGGCUCAGAGUGUCAUGAAAUAAUUUCAUGAAAUUUAUUAGACACCCUCUGGGGAGCCUUUUUAGACCUUUUCCCCAACCGCCUCCCCGUGGGAUUCUGUGCCACAGCUGUAUGCUGGUGGAUGGGCUGUGCCCGCCUCUGAGCGUCAUAUGUAAUAGAGCAAGAGCAGUAUCUCUCUUGGUGUGGUGCUGCCCUCAGCCAGAAUGCAGCGUGUAAGCCCUGGCUGGUGUGGCUCAGUGGAUUGAGCACAGGCCUGCGAACCAAAGGAUCGUGGUUUGGUUCCCAGUCAGGGCACGUGCCUGGGUUGCAGGCCAGUUCCCAGCAGGGGACGCACGAGAGGCAACCAUACACUGAUGUUUCCCUGUCUCCUUCCCUUCCCCUCUACAGAUAAAUAAAAACUUUUAAAAAAGAA